AUGAUAGCUGCUAUUACCACAGUGGUCCUUGAUUGGUUCCAAGAGAUAAUUGAAAGCUAUCAAAAGGGGACAUGGGCAAAGGAACUACUAGAGCGGCUAAGUAUUAAUGGAAAUUGCGGACCGGACUAUGUUCUGACCAAUGGGCUGAUAAGAUCCAAUGUGUCGGUGGAUUCAAAAUCAUCGGACGAGGGGAAGGAUUCAGCGGAAGAGGGCAGAGUGUUGAGAAUGAGGGGAUUGCCAUUUUCAGCGGGCAAGGACGACAUCAUCGAGUUUUUCAAAGAUUUCGAGUUGGGUGAAGACUCAAUCCACUUGACGUUUAAUUCAGAAGGGAGGCCAACUGGGGAAGCAUUUGUGGAAUUUGAGUGCGCAGAGGAUUCAAAAGCAGCAAUGGGGAAGGAUAGGAUGACACUGGGGAGUCGCUACAUAGAGCUCUUCCCAUCAUCCCUCAAGGAGUUGAAUGAAGCAAUUUCAAAGGGACGCUGA